AUGACUAAUGUCGCGACAAGCAAGCAGACCAAAGCGAGUCAUCCAAGGCCUGGCGAUACUAGUCAUGGACCUGGGUUCGCAGUCGACGGCCACUCAGUGACCUACUGGGCAUCGCAGAACUUUCCGGUCAAUGCGGUGCCAGCUGCGGUGUUCUUUGACAUCGACUUGGGAGAAAAGUACAAGCUGAACACAGCAGUCAUUGACUGGGAGUAUCCAGCGAUGAGCUACUCGAUCAGCACCAGUAUCGAUGGCAAAACGUUCACACUCUGCACACGCAAUCACGUCAACAGCCUGUAUAGCACUCUCGAUGAUAUGAAAAGCUCAGUGGGACGCUACGUCCGCCUGACGCUGGAGAAGCCCCACCCAGUAAACGGAAGAAUCGAUGACAAUCUUCUUUACGGCAUUCGCGAGUUCGCGAUAUACAGCAACAGGCUGCGAUCCAUUGUUCAGAGCUGUGGCGUGGCAAAAAACUCGAGUGAUGCUCGGGAUAAGUACUUUCUGGAACUUGUUGCAGAGGUCGACUUCACUUCGGGAAACGAACUUCACAAUGCCAGCGAAGCUGUUGCCAAAGCGAGCGCUCAGGUUGCUGAGCAUGAGAUGGAGUUAGAGGCAGCUAUGCCGAUGCUGGUUACCUGCAAGGCAGACAAGGACCAGGCGAAGCAAAAACUGGUCUCCUUUGAAGGCAGAUAUGGCUCGCUUUCCGACCAGUUAGCUGACUUAGGUGCGCGAUAUUUCAUUUCCCAUGGGUUCUUUGGUCCCCCGAGCACGUCCAGUCUGACUCCUGGAUACUCUGAGGCAUCACCAGUCACGGAUUGCUAUAUUCUCAAAAAUUCAAUGCCGCAAGUUAUAUCGGGCUUCUACUAUGUGGCAUCUAAUUGCGCUCCCAAAGUCUUGCGGGCUUAUUGCGAUAGCGAAUACGGAGGUACCUAUUUUGUACCACCAGCUUACGGCCUCGAACCGAUUCACCUGCACAGCGCCGGCCAACUGACUUCACUCCAUCGAAUGCUGAAGCUCAUGGGCGUUGACUUGAACAAUCCAGUUCCUCUGGGAAUCGGCGACGGGCGCGGCUCCUUUUACUCUCUUGACAUGAAGAAAGAUAUCACGGGUUAUGUUUUGGAUGCCGGCGCUCUGGAGGGGCAAGGACGCAAUACUGUCGGCAUAGGAGGCGAAGGGCUCGUGUUCUUCGACUCCUCGGAAGUGGAAAUGUCUGCAAUAAUCUGUUCGACGAACCAGGACGCCCUGAAUCCACCACCGGCAUACAUUGACGUUUCUUGCGCCACGCCUCCUGGUGGGAACGUUGCCUUCGAUGGCCCGCCUGGCACUUCCUUGACGGUGAAGUGCCCACAGAACUGCCUUUUCACUGCCGAGGGAGCUUUGGUUGUUGGUGGCGAAGAAGGAAACUAUUCUGAUGAUAGCUCCAUCUGUCUGGCAGCUAUCCAUGCGGGCGUGCUGGGCCGGAGUGGACUCGUUAGAGUUCAUAUGGUACAAGCGCCCAACGAGUUCGAGGGAAGCGGAAGCAACGGCGUUAUAUCAGAAAGCUACAGUGGACCACGAGCGUCUCGCGCCUUCCGCCUUGAAUCUGUGGCAGUAAAAUGCCCCCAAGCGACGCAAGAGACAGAAACUGCCAGUAGUUUCUUGGAACUCAAUGCCAAUCGUGAUCAGCCGUCCUUGAGCACAGAACUGAAGAUGACGGGAGUCAGCCCGGAUGCAGGUGCACAACCGCCGGCUACCUCUGAUACGCAAACGACAGCCGCAACACGCGCAGCAAUCCGUCAGUUGGAGGUGUUAGUCAACUCCAGACUGGGAUCGAUAAACGCGGCUGUAGUCAAGAUGGUCGAAGCAGAAGCCAAUAAGGUAACAUCGCAUUACUUGACAACUCUGGGCAGCAAUAUGAAUUACUUUAAUUCGCCACCGCAGAUAAUUUCCGAAGCCAGAGGGAUUCUGAAGCCUGCAGGAGUGCUAGAGGAAGAACUAAGAUCCAGAGCGGCACGCCUUCUUAGCAAGACCAUGACCCUGGCAGAUAGCUUGAAGGCCGCUGCUGGUAGAGUCGCAUCAACACUCGAGAGCACAAAUCAACAGCUACAACAGGUCAUAUUAACUCGUGCAAGCCAAACGCAGGCCGACAGCUGGGCAUUGACGGCGUUCCAUCCUCUCGAGUUCUACGAUGUGUUCGAAGUCUACAACUCCAAGACCGCAAUAGGAACUGGGAACUGGAGAGUGGGAGAGGCACCCGCAGGCGGGCGCGGAGGCCGGAGCAUCCUAAGCCAAACGGCGGUGGUAGCUCCAGCAAAUCGUGGUGUGGCGGCUGUUGGCACAUAUGCAAGCGUCAGAAAUAAGAGAUUUUUUGAUGGCAUCUUCUCCACUGAUGUGUACAUAUCCGGCUCCGGCUCGGCUGGCAUCGCGUUCCGGAUGAAAGACUUCGAAAACAUGUUCCUUUUCGAAAUGCGGCAGUCAAAUGGUGGAUUCAAGAGACUUCUUCGGAUUGUUGAUGGAAAGCCAGUUGAAGUUUCCCGAGUCGACGAUGGUGGCUAUCUAGAAGGGAAAUGGUACACAGUUCGAAUCGAGAUGAGAGAGGCACGAUUGCGGAUCAUUGUGGUGGAGGAGUCGACAGCACCCGUCGUUGUUGAGCCUCCGGCAAUAUUCGAUCUGAUAGACGGCUCUUUAAUGUCCGGUUCCAUCGGCUUCUUCACUAGUGGAGUUGAUGGUGCGUACUUUGACAUGAUCCAAGUCGACGCCCUUCCCUGUGUGUUACGGACGGAGGCCCUUCCUCCGAAGCCUGCCACAUGCAGCAACUACAAAGAAAUGUUUGUUGGAAGUCUCCGCAAAAAUUGGAGCGUUUCCGAGUCGGACACCAUUGGGGGACCGGCCCGCUGGGAAUACCGCACGAAUGUUGGGGGAGAACCCAAAGUUUUUGCCCAGAUGGUAAGAGCUACAACCAACGAAAGCACCCCAGUCGCAGACACACUACAUUCGUGUUCCUGCACCAUUGCUGUCCUCGGUGGAAACAGAGGCUGUGAUAGUGGAGUGUUUUCUUUCAAGGCUUUUCCCCAGUGUGAAAGUGGUAUUGUUGGAGCUGUCUUCAGGUAUAUGGAUACGCACAACUACAUGCUGUUUGAGAUGGGCCCCAAUUUUGCCCGCUUGAGGAAGAGAGCUGAUGGCUCGUUCACCACUGCGGCCAAGUCGCUCCUUGGAGGUUACAAGAUUGGGGAGUGGAACAGCAUCACAAUCACGUUCAAUGGAGGAACUGUCAUCGUGAACGCCGGCCGAGGUGGAUCACCUAUUCCAGUAUUUAGCGUCAUAGGAACAGAGAGCUGGGACGGUGGCUCAGUCGGGUUCACCACCUGGAACUGCGGAGGUGUAGCUUUUGCUGACAUUACUCUUCGUCCCUUCCAGGAGACUCGCAUAGUUCCAAACCCCGUUAACUCACCUGUUUCAGUUUUCACGGAGGUUGACACCCGGACAGAAGCUGGCAUGCAAGUGUGUCUGAACAGGAAACACGCCCCAGAUAGAGCGGAAUUCUGUAACAAGAUACAAAAGAAGGGCGGGACCGUGACCGAAAAAUGCAAGACCAACUUCUGUGACGUCUGCUGCGAGGAGGAACUGCCAAUAUCCGUGAAGGCACGCAACGAUUGCAAGAGGCAGUGUCACAAGAACGAUGGAGAGUCUACCAGUGUAUUGGAGGCUCUGGAAAGUGUUAAAUCAGGGUGCUCAAUCGAAGGAUCGAAACCCAUCUACCGUUUUUGCGAAACAGAGGCAGACCAACAGAAGUGCCAACAAGUGUGCGUGAUGUGCUGCGAAACAGCAAAGGUUCCAUUUGAUCAACCCUAUCGAGCAAGGAGGUUUGUUGCUCGGGAGUGCAAGAACUCGUGCACCGUACCUGCUGCUCAACAAGAACUGUAGCGUUUCAUCCGGACAAUGGUUGCCUUGAUACUUUCCCAAUGUACUGUCAUUGCAUUCCGGUACUUGCUGGAGAACGAGGGUGACCAAUCAGAUUCAACCGCAACUCAAAAACGCUUUCCAACAUUAACGCGACCCGUGCGCACUCGACUCUGGCUCAACGAAGGAACGCCUGCGCAACGAUCACUGGAUUACAUGUGUCAGAAGUAUCUCGUCGUCUGCCAGUGUUUCUACUGCUGUCCAUGUGUCGCUGUUCGAGUUCCGCGCACUUCUUC